AUGGCACCUUCCGACCCAGACUACAUUGUCCUUCUGAAUAACGUGCUCAGCAAAAGGCAUAUGGCACACAGGUUGACUUGGGAUUUCUAUCAGGAGGGCCCGCUACACAAAGCCGUGCACACUGCUGUUGCCAAGAGUACGUUCAGCCAUACCUAUGCCUUGCUUGCAGCCAUCCCUCAUUAUCUUUUUCUGCGCCUACCGUUCUUUACAUCGAGCAUAUCAGAGGCUGAUUUGUCCUCCGGCAGUUGA